AUGGCAAAAUCUUCUAAAUUAGAAGAUUAUUGGAGAAAAAAUAAUAUUGAAAGUUUGUUCAAAGAAUUGACACAUAAUCUUGUACAACGAAUGCCAUCUGAUCCAGUGGUUGCUAUUGUGCAAUAUCUUCAAAUGAAAUAUCCAAAAUCAUUCAAAACAUCUGCAGACAAUAAUAAUAAUAAUAAUGCUGAUAUCAUUUCAAAAACUGCGCUAACUAAUUUACAAUCAAAACCAAUCACAUCACCGCGUUCUAAGGUCAAUAUAGAAAAUACAAAUGAAGUAGACAUGAGAGAACGUCGCACAUCUAAUCAAAGUCAAAUUAGUGAUAUUUUUACCACAUCAACCAUUGGACCAAAUUUUCAUGAUUUACUUAAACAUGAUACAACUGAUUCACAACAAGUACCAGAAAUAAAUUUAAGAAAUCUUGUUUUUGCUAAUCGUUUAAGUCAACAAGCUGUUAAAUUAGGAAAAGAUAUUCGAUCAGAUCGUGAUAUAAUCGAAGAAGAACUUAUUAAACCAACAAAAUUAAAAUCAAAUAUAUCAUCAACAAUAAAUGCAUCAAUCGAUUCAAUUUCAGAAGAUUUUCCAUAUGAACAAACACAUGAACAACCUUCGGUACGACAAUUAAUUAAAUAUAAACAACAGAUUCAUGAUGAAAAUGAACGUCGUCAACAUCGAGAAAAACUUGCCGAAAUAGCUAGACAAGCACGUGAUAAAGAACAAAUCUUACAAUCAGAUAUAUCUAUAAAAUCAAACGAACUUCAACAACAACAAUCAUAUGAUGAUCAUAGAUUAUCACAUGAUAUAUCAGAAAAAAGUGAUAUUAAAUUAAUUCAUAAAUCAUUUAUUAAAUCACAAGAAGAAGAAGAAUUAUUGAAUGAUGGAAAUAUAUUUCAACCGAGAAGAGAAAGAAAUAGAGAAAGAUAUCGAAAUAGAUUAUCAACACUACGUACAAAUGCACCUUAUACACUUAAUCAAUAUAAGGGAAAUUCUAGUUUACCAAUGGAACGAAGAGAUAUUAAUUCGAUGUCUUUGAUAACGUCUGAUGGUGUAUGUAAAGUAUGUGGAAGUAUACUUCAUAAUAAUGAAAAUCUAUCAAAAAUUAAUUCUCAACAAGUUUCAACUAUGCCAACAACACAUCCAUUCGAACGUCAAUCAACAACACAAUCAGUAGAAUCAAGUGUUGGUGUUGUAGAUGAUUGGUUCGAAUCAACACCAGAUGUAUCCGCUUCACAACAAAAGUUGUUAUGGUCACUAGAUGAUAUAACACCACUACCAACCGAUAUAAAUCCAUUGCAAACAAUUAAAGAUAAUAAUAAUAAUAAUAAUAAUAAUACGGAUACUGUAAGACAUCGUCCACCAACAACACCAUUAAUCAAUAGUGACUAUAAAACAAAGACUAAACAGAUAAAAACACCACGUAUGUCUGAAUCUGAUAUUUUUGUACAAACACCUGAAUCAAAUGAUUGUCAUUCAUCAUCACCAAUAAAAAAUAAACAUCAACAUGAUACUGCUGAGGUUACUCGUCGUCGAUUAUCUAAUACUAUGACAAAUUCAUCACCUUUACGACAAGUUUUUGAUUCAACUUUAACAACAACAACAACAUAUAUGCCAACAACUCAACGACGAAUGUCAGGUUGGAGUGUAUGUGAACAUUCGCUUGAUGAUUCGGAUGAAAAUUAA